AACAUUAAUUUAGCUUCCACUUUAACCAAACAAUCGAGACCGGGGGAUUAAGAAGGCGAAACAUCCCUCUAGCGGCCAGCAGCUCCAGCGGGUGUAGCUCCACGGAGAAGAAGAGGCUGUGCUCGGAUUAGGGGGUUGGGCUGCCUUUGCUUGACGGAAACCCGCUGCCAGACAUCCAGCUUGUCCUCGGCGGCGCAGUGUUGCUUUCCCGCAGCAUCAGCAGCAGCGACACCGCAGCGCGGCUUCACCUGCUCCCCAGAGCUCCAUCCUCUGGUCCGCACUCAGCGCUGCCGCAGACCAGAGCAGGAGGACGGACAAGGACGAACAGCUCGAAGAGCAGCUCUUGAGGGAAAUAAAGGGAUACAGCAAAGCUGACGAUGGUGAAACUGGGGAGUAAUCUUCAGGACAAAGGGGCCAAAGCUGUGAGUGUUGAGGACGGCUUUCAGAAUGUGCCCCUCAUUACUCCUCUGGAUGUUGGCAGCCUCCAGAGCCAAGCACCUGACAAGGUGGUGGUGAAAACUCGGACAGAGUACCAGACAGAGAAAAAACGGCUGAAGGUUCCCAAGGUGGAGGAGUUUACUAUCAGCUUCACCGAUGGGGUUUCAGAGAGACUCAAGGUGACAAUUCUGAUCAUCCUGGCCUUGGCCUUCCUCGCCUGCAUCGUGUUCCUGGUGGUUUAUAAAGCUUUCACUUACGACCACGCUUGCCCAGAUGGAUUCAUUUAUAAGCAUAAGCGGUGCAUCCCUGUAUCACUUGAGGCCUACUAUGCUGCUCAAGAUGCCAACUCACGGGGUCGUUUCUAUACGGUGAUCAGUCACUACAGCAUGGCCAAGCAGACCACCUCGCACUCUGUCUCCCCCUGGCUGCCCGGAGGGGCAGCAGGCCACGAAGCUAAACCUCCGAGAGGCGAGGGCCACUGAACUCGCUGAACAAAUGGUUGCCACAUGUGAAUAGAAUCACAUGAACAUAAACCUAAUAAAAACGAAAUAAAAAUGAAGGUAGAUUAGUAUGCAGAGACACAGACAAGUUAGUAAAUAUUUAGAACUGUAGACAAAAGAAACAACAAAUAUAGAGUAAAAUCCUGCAUGCAGACAUUGAUUCAGCAUAGAUUUUAGGUCAUUUUUGGUCAUUGCAACAGCAGUGCUUGAACACAAGCUAACAGAACUUCUCUUUGUUCUUGAAGGUAUUUCCUUUCUCGUCUAAACAGAGUGCCGGGAAGUUCAGUUCCCCUUAAGUUAAACUCUGUGGACAUGCAGGGACAUGAACACUCUAAGACAUAAUCUGAACAUGUUGUCUGAACACCUGUAUGCUCAUUUUCAUUAGGAAUUAACUUUGAGAUCCAGUUAAAGUUCAUACAUGCACAUGCUGCCCACUCAUUGCUCUUUUUACGCUUUCCUUUCAUUUUUACUCUAAUUUAUAAAUGUUUUGUAAGUGAUUGCCAUACUUUGUAUAAAGCCACCAGUUACAGCGAAAUGUCAUGUUCCUUUAGUGUAGAUUCUCUCUAACUCUUGUUUCUCAAGUGUUUUGAAGUAUUACUGUAGGUACAUAGAAUUCCUGUUUUCUUUAUUUUUUAAGUUGUAUUUAACAAACAUUUCUUGCCCACAUCUCUGGCUUUGCAUUUGAAGAAAAUCUCUUCAGCCCAUCAACCACAUUCAUAUCUGCUCCAGUUGAAGAUCAUUUAUGCGUUUAUUGUUGAUGUUUGAUAACUUGUACACUAAAAUCAUAAUUUUCAGUGUUCUGUGCCAUAAACCCAGCUACCCCUUAAAGUGUACAUACAUUUUGCAUUGAGCCUAGCUUUGUGUGUAUACAUCGUAGUAACAGGUUAUAUUUUCUGAUUAGAUCUCUGAACAUUUUGCCUCUGCUGCAGGGCUUGUAGUUUUCUGAAACAUGAUGUUAAUGUUUUAAAAAUGAGAUGUGUUGGACAUAACUGUCUCUCGCCAAGACUCUUCUGCUUUGUACUGUUACCUUCAUAGAUGGGCUUCAACUGCAGCUACAUUUUAUUUAUGUAACGCUUCUGUUCCCCUCAAUUUGUAACGUUGGAUAUGUUGUCAAGAGCACUCCAGUGAGAUAUUGUGAUGUCGUUAGAUGUGCUGAUACCUGACGUAAUUUCUCAGUGUGCAAUCUUGUCCCUGCUCUCUUUGUUUGAAUUAAGAAUAAAACAAGCUGUGACCUGUG